AUGGUUUACACCGAGGAUAGAAAGCCACUGAAGGCUGCAGACUGGGUUAUCAUCGCAUUUUAUUUCUUUGCUUGCAUUCUAGUUGGGCUAUGGGUAUGUGUAGUGUUUCUUUUAUUUGUAAAGCCAGUUCAAGGCAAAUUUUCUCUGUAUUUUCAAGUUUUUGUUGUAGUGUAUGUGUUGAAUUUAGGCCUGAGGACCUAAGAAUCUUGGUUUUGAAACACUGUGAAGCGAAUAAAUCAAAGAGUACUACCCUUGCUGUAUUGUAGGGGCCAAAUGAUGUGAUUUGUUUGAGCGAUAGUUUGUCUUUGAAAUCUUUUAGAAUGCUAUCGUUCAUUCUCUAUUGACGUUUGGUUGGAAUAUGAUAUUUGAUCGGUGUGAACAGCAGAAGAGUCAAUUUCUGGAUGAAAGCCAUAAUGAUUGAAGGAAGCUAGUCAAACUAAAUGCUCCAAAUAUCAGUCUAGAGCCUUUACUUUUCUGUAUUAGGGUGUCUUGAACAGUUGUUGCAAAACGAAUGCCCAGGACACCCAGCCAAAAGACCUCGCUUGCACAAAAUACGUAGCACAGUUUGCGUGGUGGAAAAAUGUUUAUUUAAGCAAGUCAAGCUUCUUACUCUCAUAAUACGGCUUGUCGCUUUUUUGCAGACUAAAUUUAGACAACAAAGAGGGAAAACUGAAACCGCUGAAACUUUCUUCUUGGCUGGCAGAUCAAUGAUGUGGUGGGCGGUAAGUAGAGCCGUUGCGAUCAAAUUUACCCCUGGGAAAUACAAAAAUCCCCCUAGGAAAUACAGCACGGUCCUGAUCAGUUGAAAGGGCACUAGUAAUGAUAGAGAUGUGCACUGACUGCAUCGAGUGUGUUGUCUUGAGUUUGCAAUCGCUACACAUUUGGAAAGUUUUGAAAAAAUAACUUCUUACAUUUCCUUCUAAUACAGUAUACUGACAAUGUUUUAAAAUCUACAAUGGUCAUUAAGUAUACCAUUUUUACCAAAAUGCUAAGUUAAGUGGACAAGUUUUGGACAAAUAACCCAACAUUUUCUUGCACGUUUUCCUUUUUCUAUGGAUGUUUUAGUUUGCUUUGUAAAACGAAAUCCGUCUCUAAAUGAAUAAAACCAACAAAAAGAAAUUCAACUUUUUUAAAAGACUUAUAAGGGAUCUUCCCGGAACGUGGGUAGUUCAAACUCUAGUGAAUAUUAAAUGAGAAUUUUAACAAUCAAUCCAGUCGAAACAUUACCCUGAUUGAAUUGUUCAAUAGGUUGGACCGAGUUUAUUUGUCAGUAACAUUGGUAGUGAGCACUUCAUUGGAUUGGCUGGAUCUGGCGCGGCAACAGGGAUUGGUGUAGCAUCAUAUGAGUGGCAGGCAAGUCACGUGACUUUACUCACGUGAUAUUUCAGAAGUAUUUUGACCGUACUUAAAAGUACCUAGAAUGUAUCCCGCUUGAUUAUUGUUUUUCAGGCGCCCUGGCUCCUACUGCUGUUGGGCUGGGUCUUUGUGCCAAUUUACCUCAAAUCAAGGGUGAGUUAACAAGCUCUUUGAAAAUGCUUCCGAAAAAUGUGAUAUAAACAUAAAAGGAGUUACUUUAAUUGGCUUGCAUCUGUUGAAUUUUCCUGCCAGCGAAUUACAAGGGAAAAGAGACGUCUAUUAGCAGGGAACUCGUGAAUGGCAGAAAAACAUUUUCUGUUCAUGUUAUCAACUUCUCCCCACUACUUCUGUAGGAAAUGAAUGGGGGCAAGAAAGAAGAAUUCAAAUUUUGAUUUGAGGGUUUAAAGGGUUCAAGAGGUGGGGUCAUAUCAAAGGAACCUAUUUUCCCUGGGCAUGAGUGUUGACGAAUGUCAGACUAGCUAACUUGCUUCCUAGCUAAAUAAUGUUAUAAGUGUUCGUAUUAAUUUGCUUCUUUUGUGAUUAUUUCUAUUAGAUUUACACGACACCAGAAUACUUACUAAAACGAUUUCAUAGCACCAAGAUAAGGACUUGUUUGACAGCUGUGGCGCUCAUAUCAUAUGUACUCACAAAGAUAUCAGUAAGUAACGAACUAAGGAAAUACUUGAAAAUAAAUUAAAGUACUGCCGGUGAGGGAACAUUACCAAGAACGUUGAGUGAGCUAAGUUUGAUCUUUACUCAGAUAGAUAGACAGACGCCUUUAUUUAAAAAUAAAAAAGUAGUUACACAGAGUAGUCCAUUGAGGGAGCUUACAAAGCCUCCCUGGUAUCAAUAGGAGCCUUUAGUAAUGGUUGAGUAACUUUUCAUGCCGACGCGAAAAGUAUAGUAUUAAACGGGUCGAAGUUCUGCCACGCCGAUCUCUAAAGUGGAGAUUCACAUGUCGAAUAGGUGUUCAUACCGUACCGGAUAACUCUUUGUGUCCGCACUAAAAGCUCAGAUCCGGUAUAGUGUGAAAAGAAGGCGCUUUAGAGUAGAGGAGCAAGUCAUGAAUCUCGCUUCCGUUUUGGCAGGUUGAUAUCUACGCGGGCAGUGUGUUUCUGUAUGAAGCUGUUGGUUGGAAUAUUUAUGUGUCAGCAGCUGUGAUUUUAGCCAUCACUGCUGUCUACACUGUUCUUGGUAAGUUUCAUCGAACAUCAUUGAUACAUUUAUACAUUGGUACAUUUCUAGUAGUUCAUUUGUACUUCAUCUCUUUAUCAUCUGUACUUCAUCUACACAUUGGCUACACUUGAUUCGUACGUCAUUUGUACUUCAUUUGUACGUCAUUUGUACUUCAUUUGUACUUCAUUUGUACGUCACUUGUACUUCAUUUGUACGUCAUUUGUACUUCAUUUGUACUUCAUUUGUACUUCAUUUGUACGUAAUUUGUACUUCAUUUGUUCUUCAUUUGUACGUCACUUGUACUUCAUUUGUACGUCACUUGUACUUCAUUUGUACUUCAUUUGUACGUCAUUUGUACUUCAUUUGUACUUCAUUUGUGCGUCAUUUGUACUUCGUUUGUACUUCAUUUGUGCGUCAUUUGUACCUCAUUUGUACGUCAUUUGUACUUCAUUCGUGCUUCCUCUUAACGUCAUUUCUUCUCUCCCUAUACUUCAUCUGUUCUUUAUCGCCGAGUGAUUCAUUUGUACUUCAUUUGUACUUCACAAAUACAGUGGAACCCUGCUUUACGGAUACCCGCUUAAUACGGACAUCUCGUUAUUACGGACAGUUUUCCCUGUCCCUGGGGAAAGUAGGCCCUCGCAGUUUCGCGCCCUGUUAGGGUAAAAUUCUGACAAGCGACAUGGCCUUGAAACAGCGAAAUAAGCCUAGAUGAAAUGGCAACAAAGGAUAUAAAGAAGGGAUAAAUACCGACAGGGACACUGCCUACUCCUUAAAACGUCCCAAGCUUGUAAAUAACUCGAGCACUUUUUUGUAGGUGGUCUGACGGCCGUUUUCUUCACUGAUGUAUUGCAGUGCACUAUUAUGGUUAUUGGUGGCAUCGUUGUAGCCAUAAUGAGUAAGUAGGGCGCCCAUAGUGUUUGUACGAAUUCUAUUUGAUUUUAAUACUUUUUCUCCGUAUAAAAAUGAUUUGCAAGCUUUCUUAUUCUCUCAAGGGAGUAUUUUUAGCGAAUCUUGGUUGGAUAAAAACAAGACAUUUAUGUCCUAAAAGAGAGAUGGUAAACGGAAAGUUUUCAGCUAAACUAGUUAUUACGAACUCCACUUUGAGUUGUUGACGUAAAUAAGGUUGCCGGAUGUUAAUCCGAACAAUCAUUACAAUGGUGAUUAAGUUGAUUUAUUUCUACCUUGAGGUUUUGCAAAAGUUGGAGGAUUGGAUGGUCUGUGGAGUAAAUUCGGCUCCUCGAUGGGUAAGCCCCUGUGGUCGACACCCUCUUCGACAAACAUCCCUACAACUGGGACCUCUGUGGUAAAUUCUAAUCUCAGCUCAACAGCGGCAACAACAGUAGCAGAUACUCUGGGCAAGAGCAACGACACAAUUGAUAGUUGUUACAAACUAACACCCUACUGGGGUGAUCUGUGGAGGCCGGUUGAUGAUCCAGACUACCCCUGGUUAGGAUUGUGGACGUCUUUAUUCAUUACUGCUGUUUGGUACUUCUGUACAGAUCAGGUA